UACCGAACAGACAAAGCUCUGAUCAUCUUCCCCGCUCUAAAACCCUACUCCACACUCCACAGCUGCUGUGCUGCUGCUGCAUUUGAGGUCAAGUGUUUUGGAGGGCUUUUUUUGUUUGGAAGUAUUUGUAAGGUUUUUUGGUCAAUGGCAACCACCACCACCACCAAUGUUACUUUGAGGCUCUUGAUUGAUACAAAGGGCCACAAAGUUCUGUAUGCUGAAUCAGGCAAGGAAUUUGUGGACUUUCUUUUCACCAUUAUGUCUUUACCCGUCGGCACUGUCAUUAGGCUCCUCAGCAAGGAUAGCAUGGUUGGUAGCUUAGGCAAGCUUUAUGAUAGUAUUGAAAGCAUUGGUGACAUUUACAUGCUACCAGAUUGUAACAAAGAUACCUUGCUCAAACCCACAGCGGUAAUAGGCAGUGGGGAUGCCUCUCUUUUGUUAACCAAUGAUGAGUCAGUGGCGCAAAAAAAGCUUUUCAUGUGUGUGAACUACCACCGGUAUGUGGCUGAUGACCCUAAAGCCAUAUGUCCACAGUGUAAAAACUAUCUCUCCACCAAAGUACCUUAUGUUGCUCCACAGGCUACUACUGCUGGAUCUUCUGGGGGUGGUCGUGGAUAUGUGAAAGAUGUUGUGACAUACAUGAUUAUGGAUAAUUUGGAGGUGAAGCCUAUGUCUACCAUAUCUUGUAUAACUAUGCUCAACAAGUUCAAUGUUAAGGAGGUUGGUUCCCUUGAAGAGAAGGUGGUUCAUCUAGGCAUGGAUGAGGGUUUGAAACUGUUGAAGGCAUCAUUGGAGUCAAAUUCUGUUCUCACCAAUGUUUUCCUUGGGACGAAAGAAGCAUAAACAUCUCAAUGCCCUGCAAGCGAAAAUGACAUUCUGGAGCUUCUAUGAGAUCCUGGCCUGGUUGCUAAGUUGUAAGAAGGCGUUCAGGAGGCUAUACUUUUGUGAACAAUUAGUUCGUUGUCACUUUGAUGUCUUUGUCUUGUUGAAUUAGUAGUUUUAACAAUAGUUAAGAAGGAAUCAUGAACAGUAUCUCAAUUCACUUAGUUCGCACCGUAAGUGUUGGAAUUGAGUUGCUGAAGUUUUUACAGAUGCUUGUUCUUAGUUGGGAUUCUUUUGUUUCUCAUACAUGUUUUAUCACUCUUGCUUGGAUGAAAUGAAGACCAGCUUAGCCCCUCCAUAACUCCAUAACUCUUG